AUGGGGUCCCCGGCGGGCGCGUCCAGCUCGGCCGCCGCCGACUCGGCGCAGUGGCUGUCGGUGAAGGAGGAGACCAUCUUCCUCCACGACGGGUUGAUCCGGGUCACGGACCUGGCCGAGCUGCCCAGCGAGAUCAUCGGCGUGGCCGAGCCGGGAGAUACCGAGCUGGAGAUUUUAACUUUUGAGACUAAGAAUCCAACUGAGUUGUCGGAGCGCCUCCGUUCUGUUUGCGGAAAUCAAAGCAACGCUUACGCCCGCCUGCUGGAAUACCGCUUGAAUGCUCUGCGCGGACUCUGGAAUGCCCAGCGUCAACUUGCCUUGGAAGAACAGCAUGAACGGGAAAAUUCGGGGGAUGAAGAAACUCUGGCCUUGCUCAAGCGGCAGGGCCUGCUGCAGCAGCCUGAGCAGGCGCCGUUCACAUCACGGAUGGGGCUGCUCUUGGUCUUUCCUCUCAUUGAAUCCCAAAGUAGAACGGACCCUUCCCUGUGUAACAUAACUGCUGAGGUGCUCUUGACUUGCCUUCGUGACUGCCAGCCCUUAAGCUUGACUAAGGAGCCAGCAGACUGUCUUAAUGGCAUUGAAUCUUUGCUCUGUUCUUGGUUGGAGGAAACCUCCACCUCAGGCCAACAGAUUCCACACAAGCAAAAAGAAAAUGCUGCUGCCGCCCUUGUUGCCUUGGCUUGUGCAAGGGGAUCAUUGAAAACAUUUGUUCACACAGUACACCUUUUGCAGAAGCAGAGCGAUUUGGGAUCCCUUCCUGUGGCUGAUGUGUUAUACAGGUUGUUGCUUUUGGAAGGGGGCCCUGGAUCUCCCUCUUGUUUGCUUGGGGGCAAGCACGUGGUAUCCUGGGGCUUUGAAGAUAUGUUGCCGGCACCUGAUGGUAACCCUGGUUCUGGCUCAGAAAAUAAAGAUGCAGACUUGGGGCGCUGCCUUGCAGCAGAUGGCUCUUAUCUUUAUACAACAAACUCGGUUGGCCGGGGAAUAAGCAAAUUGGGAUCUGGAUUACAUGGAACCUUACGAGGCUUUGUGUAUUGCCGUAAUGAAGAGUUGGAGACGGGCUGGAUUGCUUUUGGCAACGGCAGACUGCUUCACAGGCCUGUCUCUUUUGAUAAUAAACCUCACUCCCUUUUCCAGGUCAUUGACCAGAAUACUCUUCAGGUAUGUCAGCUUAUCCCAAUGCCAGCAGAUCAUUUCCCAGUAGGCAGCACUAUGACCACCGUACAUCUUUCUUCCGAUGGGACCUAUUUCUACUGGAUCUGGUCACCUGCAAGCUUGAAUGAAAAAACCCCCAAGGGACAUUCUGUCUUCAUGGAUGUUUUUGAGCUUAUUGUGGAAAACAGUGUCUGUGUAGCCAAUCCCCUUCAGGAACGCAUCAUACUAAUGAGAAAAGAGGGAGAUUCAGCCAAGAGUAUCAAUGAGAUGCUUCUGAGCAGGCUGUCAAGGUACAGGGCCUCUCCAUCAGCAACGCUGGCUGCACUUACUGGCUCCACAAUCUCCAAUACGCUGAAAGAGGACCAAGCAGCUGCUAACACGAGUUGUGGCUUACCUCUCAAAAUGCUACGGAAGACUCCAAUAUACACAUGUGGAACGUAUUUGGUGAUGUUGGUCCCACCCCCAGGUGGUUCUGGCAGCUCCGCCACACGGUCUCUUUUUGGUGGAACAAGUGGUUUGUCAUCCUUAAAAAUUCUGGCUUCGAGCUUGGUGUACAAUAUAUCAGAUGGACAAUUUGCAAGCCGAGCGGAUCUCAUUGAUGCUGCCGGGAGCUCACUUGGACGCAGCGCCCUUGUUCCUGGUCUAGGUGCGUGCUAUGAUGCUAUGAACAACAUGAUUUGGACAUGCUCAAAUGACUAUAUUGAUCAGUGGUGCAAUCCUGGGAACCAAGCCUUCCAUUAUGUCUGCCAGAGGCUAGGAGUCAGCCAUAUCAUUAUGGAGCCAAAAGGAGAUGCCAUAACCACAAAUGAGGUUAUCAACCAGUUACUACACCAUGUUGGUGCCAUGUGUAUCCAUCAGCUCAACCUACUUGCAGCAAGUAACAACCUUCCAAUUACAAAUUUUUUGGGCAAGCAACACCCAAUUGAAGCUCAUCAUCUCAGCAGUAUUUGUGACAUAAUGGAGAAAGCCAUGGUCAAUGGAGACACCUGUAUAAUACGUUGCACCCUGGUUGUCUUCCAGGUGGUUUUUAAAUUUUUCUUCAGCCCCCAAACAGAGAAGAAUCGUGAGAUUGUGAGGCGAUCUGGCCUCUUGCUUUGGCAGCUACUGAUGGCACCAGCAGACCAGAUCAGCCCUGAAAUUCAGAAGGAGGUCUGUCUAGCAAUCAGCUCUGGUCUAAAUAUCCUGUAUCCUGGAGAAGUAGAGAUCAAUAACCUGCUUAAACUGGUCUUAACAGAAGGGGAUCGAAAUAGCGGGCUGGCCCAGCUUCGAGAUGUGAUUAUGACUAACCUGGCCGAGCAGCUUCAGAACAACAGAUUUGGCAGUGAAGACGAUGAGCAUUACAGACUAAACGAUGAACUUUUGCACUACAUUCUCAAGAUUGUUGUCCGAGAAUCUUGUAUUUUAAUCACCAAGUGCCAAACUGUGUCCAGAGAUGAAUUUCAACGGCUCCUUUCAACUGUGCCUGCUGCCUCCUCCUGCCUGCGGUAUCUGAUGGCUGUGCAGAACCAUCUUCUGAGUAAUACUAUUUUGAUUAAGCCCGACGAAAACGAUGACAGUGACAGCUCCUUGCAGGGAGAGACAUUGAAGGUACAGGAACUUAAGGCCAGUAUUUUGACUCUCGCUACACAAAUCUUGACUGGGUGCGAUGAAGUUCUAGAAAUGCUGCAUCAAGUCACCAUGGCUCUUAUAAACAGUGAUAUUCCAGACAGGGAACAGAGGUUAAAAGGCCUGGAGCAGGUGACCAAAGCCACAAUGCUGGGCCACUUGCUUCCAGUUCUGCUGACCUCCCUGAUGCAUCCCAACCUGCAGACACUGACCAUGGCCGAUGCUCUGAUGCCGCAGCUGGUGCAGCUGGUUCUUUACACAAGUCAGACAGCCUUGCUGCUGAAAACCCAGUCUCCAGUCUUCUCUGAAGUGGGCAGCUCUCCUGGAGGAUCCUGUGAACAAAGGAGCAAGCUGUUCCCUGAUGAGAGAAUGCUAGAAGAGAAAGAAGAGCCAGGUUUCCUUACUGGCUUGAAAAUUCCAGCUCCUUGGGCUGCUGGGAAGACUGUAGAGACGGUUCAUCCCGUCAGGGACAACUAUAAAUUUAAGGAGACGGUGCAUAUUCCAGGAGCCCGUUGUUUGUAUCUGAGGUUUGAUAGCCGAUGCUCCUCGCAGUAUGAUUACGAUAAGUUGGUGAUAUAUGCUGGCCCCAACACAAAUAGUCGGAAGGUUGCUGAAUAUGGGGGCAACACCCUUGGAUAUGGCAGCCGUAGUGUCUUAGGAACUGGUUGGCCCAAAGACCUUGUAAAGGUGGAAGGGGACACCGUGACCUUCUCCUUUGAAAUGAGGAGUGGCCGAGAGCACAACACCCCAGACAAGGCAAUGUGGGGGUUUUCUUGCACUGUCCGGGCACAGGAAUCCUCAGAAGAUGUAUCGGGAGGAUUACCGUUCUUGGUAGACCUUGCUUUAGGCUUGUCUGUGCUGGCUUGUUCUAUGCUGAGGAUACUGUACAACGGACCAGAAAUAACCAAAGAGGAGGAAACGUGCCAAGAACUUUUAAGGUCCAAACUUCUGCAGAGGUGCCAGUGGCAAGUGGAAGCCAAUGGUGUCAUCUCCCCAGCCCUCACGCCAAGCCCUUCCCCACUGCCUCUUACCAUAGAUGAAGAUCGGGAGUUCACCUAUCCGUCAGAUGUCCUUGUGCCCCCUGUGGGUCACUACUUUGACCUGCCAAGGAUAAGGCUCCCUCCUGGAAUCAUGAUAAAACUCAGGGAAAUAUCUGGCCGUGCUCGGCCUCAGUUUAGACCCAGCAUCAGGGAGGUGAUCCAGCCAGAUAUAAUGGAAGAAAUGGUGGUUUCUUGUGUUAUCAAGCACUUGAAUCUGGUCGACGCACUCCAAUCCCUAAUAAAUUUCCAGUAUCAAGAGGAGCAUGCAGAGGAAUACGACUUGCUUUGUAAAAUUAUGGGAGAGACCUUUAAGAAACUUAAUGCCAUGGAAAGGCAAUUGCAGAGCGUCGCCGAGCUGGAACAGAAAUGGCAAAGUGAAGUGGAAGACGCAAUGCAUGGGAAACUGGAGAACAAUGUCCCCUUUUUUUAUGACUAUCAUUUCAACGAGAGCAAAAUAAAAGAAUUGGAACUUCUAUGCUCAAUGAAGGAGGUUUCUUUUGAUGGAAGUGAUCUUGAGAAUAUGGUGCUCUCUCUGAGAGAGAAAUUCUUCCAGGAGGUAAACUCCCUGCUACAGAAGCCUUUGCAUCCUAUGGCUAAAACCAAAGUGCUGGUUAAGAGCUUGAUGAACCGAGCGGAAUUGCUGCUGCAUGUCACUAUCGCAGCACAGUCUGGGCUCACCAGGAGCAUAUCUGGGACACCUGCAGAGACACCAGCUUGUAAAUCAGCUUCAGAGACAAAGGUGAUUUCCCACGCAGUCCGCCAGCCUAUCUUUCUCCGCAGUAUGUCGGCACCAUCUGACCUUGAAAUGAUUGCAAAUGAAGAUCUGGAGUUCACCAGGUCAAGCCAGAGGAGGCGCCACGUUACGAGUCACAGAAGCAGCUCCUUCACUCUUCUUCAAUCCCUGACCAUCGAGGAUAGCCGAGACAAGCCCACGUACAGCGUCUUACUGGGGCAGCUCUUUGCUUUCAUCGGAACAAACCCAGACCAAGCAGUAUCUAGCAGUAGCUUCCUGUUGGCUGCUCAGACCAGGUGGCGGCGUGGAAACACCAGGAAACAGGCUCUGGUGCAUAUGCGGGAGCUCCUGACAGCAGCCGUUCGUGUCGGUGGCGUGACGCAUCUUGUGGGUCCGGUCACGAUGGUACUUCAAGGCGGCCCACGAAUCGAAGAGCUCACCUGUGGCGGGAUGGUGGAGCAAGUGCAAGAAGCCUUUGGAGAGACCAUGACCUCGGUGGUGGCGCUCUGUGCUCGCUACCCCAUCGCUUGUGCAAAUAGCAUCGGCCUGUUGUGCACCAUUCCUUACACCAGGAGUGAAGAGAAGUGCCUGGUGCGCAGCGGCCUGGUCCAGCUCAUGGAUCGGCUGUGCAGCUUAAGCAGCCAGACGGAAUCCAGCUCCAACGAGAAACAGACGAGGAAGCAGAAGGUGGCCACCAUGGCUUGGGCUGCCUUCCAAGUGCUAGCCAACCGUUGCGUCGAAUGGGAAAAGGAAGAAGGCGGGUCAACGGAGGCUGUGCACUCUGGUCUGGCUCGUCAAGUUUCCAGUCUUUUAACCAACCACCUGGCACGAGCCACAGAGUGCUGCGGCAACCAGGCAGCUGGAAAUGACGCCCUGCAAGAUGUCCUUAGUCUUCUGAAUGACCUCUCGAGGAGCCACAUUGGCAAAGCGAUCCUGAGUCAGCCAGCCUGCGUCUCCAAACUUCUCUCCCUGCUCUUGGACCAGCGCCCCUCUCCAAAGCUGGUCCUCAUCAUCCUUCAGCUCUGUCGUGCUGCUCUUCCACUCAUGAGCGUCGAGGAUUGCGGGAAUGUUGAAUUGCCCCCCUGGAGUUACUCCGUGCCCUCCCUGAAUAGUGAACAGGACGAUCCCAGUGACCCAGCUUCCAAAAUUGCUUCCCUGCUCUUAGCAAAACUGGCCGAUUAUGUGGUACCAGGAUGUCAGACAGUUCUUUCUCCGACUGCUUCUGAACCUGAUACCUCUCUGUCAAAAUCCAGUCCAAAAAGCUCCCUUAAAGGGGACAAAGAUCCAGGAGAAGAAAGUGAGGCCGUGGACGGUAAACUUUCCAUUUUUAUUCAUAAGCGGGAAGACCAGUCAUCUCAUGAAGUUCUUCAGCCAUUGCUAAGUAGCUCAGAAGGCCGCCCGUUUCGUCUCGGAACAGGAGCUAAUAUGGAGAAGGUGGUUAAGAUGGAUCGAGACAUGACUAAAAGCGGCUCCUGUGAAGUUAUCACUGAAGAGGCGGCUGCGGCUCUGCGGAAGGCAACCAAGUGGGCACAAUCUGGAUUAAUCGUGAGUGUGGGGCCGCCGGUAGAGACUGUCAAUCCUGAAAGCAGUGGCAGCCUGUCGACUGGAGACAAAAAGAAAACUGCGCAAACCUCCAUUUGCAGGGAGCGGAAUUCAGAGCUUGCCAGGACUGACCCUGUGCGGCCUUUCAUUAGUGGCCAUGUUGCUAACAGCAUGGCAGCAGAAGUGAUUGCUUUGCUUCACAGCUUGCUGAUGGCUCCAGAAUCCAAUGCUGCCCAGAUAUGGACAACCACUGCUGAAAAAGUUCUGUCGCGUGCUCUGAUGUAUAUUCCUCAGCUUGGAAAAUAUGCAGAGAGCAUCCUGGAGAACGGCAGCAGCAGCGGGAGGAAGCUGGCCAAACUUCAGAGGAUUGCUCGGCAGGCUGUGGCUGCUCUCUGUGCUCUCGGCGGCUUCAAAGAGACCAUCAAAAUCGGCUCUGAAGUGCAGGUUUUAGGUAGGGGGAUUGCUGGAAGCAUUGGAGUGGUGGCGUCUAUUAAUGAACAGGAAGGUAUAGCAACGGUCAGAUUCCCACCUACCAGUAUAGACGGUAGAAAGACCUCCCAGGCAUCAGACAUUUUAACUAUUCCAUUAUCUAGGCUCUGUGUUCCAAGAUCGGAGGCAUUGCCUCUCCAUAAACUGUCCAUUACUGAGAAGGUAGUACAGGCAGUCCAGUCCAUGUUGCUUCCUCAGGAGGGAAGUCUAUCUAUUCAUACCUCACUUCCUGCAACAGGAGAUGGCUCAACUCCAGUAAUGGCAGUGGUCCGACUCCUUGCUGAAAUUAGAACCAGAGCAUGCCUGGUGAUGGCACAGCUGUUGGAAGACAGUUCCUUCUGUGAAGAGUUCAUCCAGCAGUGCCCAGCUGCCGUGGAGGUCCUUAACCUCGUGGCCCAGGAGUGCAGCCCUGGGGAGCGGCUGCUGGUCGUAGAAGUGCAGUGUGAGAAGCUAAGGAUGCUGUACCGUGACAGCGCUCGUCCCCCCCCUCCACCCCUUCAGGCCGAUCGAAGGCAGCCUAAGGAAAUCACCUGGAGCCCUUCCAGGGUCUUCCCACCGGUGCGCGCCUGCAUGUUCUCCUCGCACCUUACAGCCGUGACCUUCCUUGCCGAUCCCAGUGCAGGCGGAGGGCUGCCCCGGGGCACCUUCAUCUAUGCCACAUCGCCUGUUCCAGUACAGGCACCAUCCUUCUACUGGGAGAUAGAGAUUGUGUCCUACGGAGAUACAGAUGACGACACGGGUCCAAUAGUAUCUUUUGGGUUUGCUACGGAAGCAGAAAAACGAGAUGGAGCUUGGACCAACCCUGUUGGCACCUGCCUCUUCCACAACAACGGGCGAGCCGUUCAUUACAAUGGCUCCAGCUUGCUGCAGUGGAAGAGCGUGCGUCUGGAUGUGGCCCUCUCUCCUGGUGACAUUGCAGGGAUUGGCUGGGAGAGGGCAGAAGGCACCCCUCCCCCUCCAGGACAGCCUGCCAAAGGCCGAGUGUAUUUCACAUACUGCGGGCAGCGUUUGGGGCCUUAUCUGGAGGACGUCUCCGGGGGAAUGUGGCCGGUUGUACAUAUCCAGAAGAAGAACACCAAAGUCCGGGCAAAUUUUGGGUCUCGCCAGUUUGCCUAUGCAGAAGGACAAGCUCACCGGAACGCAGCUGACCUCUGUGUAGACCUCGCAGAAGAAAUCAGUGCCAACUUCGAAGCGUUGCCUUUCGCCAUGGCUUCCGACAGUGAUAAUGACGCUGGCACCAGCACUGCCUCCGACCCCGGGACUCACGGGCCUCCUUGCAGGAUUGCUGCCGUGGCCACAGCUCAGCAACAAUACGACAGCGACACCUCCUGCCAUUAUAAGAUGGAACUCAGUUUUGAAAAUUUCAUCACGUCGGGCCCAGAUCCUCAUCCUCCUCCCAUUGCAGAUGAUGAAAGUGACGAUGAUGACGAUGAUGACAUCCCGCGGGAGGAUCACUAUGCUUUGCUGGUAAAAGCCUGGGAGACAAAGGUGUUCCCUACAAUCAGAAGACGUUUCCGCAAUGAAGCAGAGAGGAAAUCUGGCUUGGAUCAAAUCAAAGGAGCUUUGCAGCUGGGAAUGGUAGAUAUAGCCCGACAAACCGUUGAAUUCCUUUAUGAAGAAAACGGGGGCAUUCCCCGGGAUCUGUACCUUCCCACCAUUGAGGAUAUCAAAGAUGAAGCAAACAAAUUCACCAUUGAUAAAGUUCGGAAAGGCCUGACUGUUGUCACGCGCUGCCCGGAUAGUAACAACGUAGCCGCCAACACUGUAGGAACCGCCCUGCCUAAGUUUGCUAUUCGUGGGAUGCUGAAGACAUUCGGGCUCCACGGAGUUGUUCUGGAUGUUGAUUCGGUAAAUGAGUUGGUCCAGGUAGAGACAUACCUCAGGAGUGAAGGUGUCUUGGUAAGAUACUGGUAUCCUAUUGAUAUGCUCGAACGACCACCUGCUGGCUAUCGGCGGACAGCAACAAACGGACUGGUUUCUCUGGACAAUGCAAACAUUCAAAUUCACAGAGAACUUCUGCGAUGUGAGGUUUCGCUCGCUAGGCUGUACUGCCGCAUGGCUCUACUCAACAUUUUUGCCCCUAAAUCUCCUCACAUGUUUGCUCAUCUGUUUCACAUCCCUGCCAUCCGUGACAUCACCCUGGAGCACCUCCAGCUGCUGUCUAAUCAACUUCUGGCACCACCUCUUCCUGAUGGAACCAUCAGCUCCAGCUCUAUCCUCCUAGCUCAGUCGCUCCAGCACUGCAUUCAUUCCCAGAACUGCUCAGCCACAGACCUCUUCUACCAGGGCAAUUCCCAAACAGUCCAGGAGUGGCUCUCUGUUGCUGUCACACGGAGCCUGCAUCAGGGGGAGGACAGCCUGCUUGACUUGACAAAACAGAUCUGUUCCUUCUUGCAGAAUGCUCCUGAACAAUUCCCUUCUGAGGAGUUUCCUAUUUCUGAGUCGAAAGUUAACAUGGACGUUAAUUUCCCUGGAGCAGCCUUUGUAGUUGUGUCCUGUAAGGAAAGUCAAUCUGGAUUCCGCAAAGACUCCUCCCUGUAUAAGGCCCCGUGGGCCCGGGUUCUAGUCUAUGGCCUUGGUCACAAAGUAAAGAGGAGUGGCCAGCUGAACCUGAUUGAGGCGGUAUGCUACCCUCGGGAUGCUUCUCCAACCAACACGGGCCUGACUCCACCCCCCACAACCAACCAAUAUCCUUCAGUCAUCAUCUCCACAGACAAGGUCCACAUCAGACUUGGAGUGUCCCCCCCUCCGGGAGCUGUGCUCAUCUUGCACUCCCUUCCCCUGGAGUUCCCCUUGGCCAUGGCAUUCGCCGAACAGCUGCUGGCUUGGAAACUGGAUGACAGCGAUGGGAAAUCCGAAGAGGAGUUGGACACAAUCCCUGCCUCGGUUCUCCUGCAAGUGGUGGAAAUCUUAGGAAACUUCCUGUGGACCACUAGCAUGGCCGCCUGCGUGAAGGAGCUGCUGUUUCAUCUCUUGGCUGAACUGCUUCGCAAAAUCCACAGCCUGGAGCAGAAGAAGAACCCGGCGGGGCUGUCCUCCUCCAUUGCGCUCCAGCUGAAUCCUUGCCUGGCUAUGCUGAUGGCUCUCCAGUCAGAACUGCACAAGCUGUAUGAUGAAGAGACCCAGAACUGGGUGUCCGGGAGCACCUGUGCCGGGUCCGGGGUUGGGGGAGCGGAUCAAGGGAGGUUCUCCACCUAUUUCCAUGCGCUGAUGGAGGUGUGCCUGGCUGUAGCAGAGGUGACCCUGCCCAUCAAUAUGAGCAUAACGGCCAACGUGAUGUCAUCAACCGGGGGCCCAAACCUCAGCGACUCUUCCUCUUCUUCCUCCUCCUCUCCGGGGCAGACCCCCCAGAGCCCAAGCCUCCUGUCAAAGAGGAAAAAGGUAAAAAUGAAGCGAGAGAAGACGUCAUCGUCAGGGAAACGGACUUCGUCCCGAGCUGCCGAACCAGACGCUACCAUGCUGAGCAUAGGUGGGAGCAAGCCGGAAGAUGUGUUGUGGUUCCAUCGGGCGCUGACCUUGCUCAUAAUUCUCCGGCACCUCACCAAGAAGGACCCCCAGGGGCUCGGCGUGACAAAUGAUGCUGUGACCGACGCAUGCCAAGCCUUGGUCGGGACGACGGCUCAUAGCCGCCUGCUGGUGAUUUCGGGGAUCCCCGCCCACCUGGAAGAGGGGACGGUGCGGAACGCCAUCCGUAAGGCCUGCAAUGCUCAUGGUGGCGUCUUUAAGGAUGAAAUCUACAUCCCUUUGCAGGAGGAAGAUCCUAAAAAAAUAAAGGACAAAGCGGAGGGAGGGGAGUGCAAGAUUGAGCUGGACAAGCCUGUGGUCUCCAGCAGUGUGGACAGCUUGGACAUCAGCAGCUCUGGCAGCGUCACACCGGCCCUGAGCGUCAGCGCAUCUGCCUCCACUAGCCAGGCCUCCCUCUGCAGCUCCCAGGGCAUCUCCCGGACGAUUAGUGACAUCUCAGUGGACCUAUUCCAGGGGGGCCUGGAGGUGCCUCUGCCACCUGGGUUGCUAGAGCCACUUGUGGUGUCUAGUCAGGAGAGCUUAGACCUUUCCCUGUGCAGCACAGGAAGCCUGGGCAGCCUGGGGAGCCUCGGGGAGCCGCUUGACAAUGUGGAGACAGCCUCGGUGUCUGAUGUGGGGUCAAUGUAUACAGUGACGUCGCUGGACAGUCAGACGGUCCCAUCAAGGCCCGUCAAAGGCUUUGCGGUCGUGGAGAUAAGAUCCCGGGCCAAAAUAGAGAAGAUCCGGGCCAGUUUGUUUAACAGCAGCGAUUUGAUUGGAUUAUCGAGUCUCGACGGGGAGGAUGAGCUCAUGGAAAUGUCCACAGAGGAGAUUUUAACAGUCUCUACUGUGAACCAGAGUUUGUUUGAUACGCAAGGAAGUCCCGCGCUUGAAGACUACUUCAGUGACAAGACUAUCAAAGGAGAUAAGCUUGUGCCUGGCACUCGUGAAGUCCUCACUGAAAUAUUUAAAAGCUGCCUCCACUCUGAGCAAAUGUUGAGCUUGACCCCCACAAAACCCACCAAAGUGGCUGAAAUAUAUCUAAGCAAAGAGCAGAUAAACGCCCAGACACCUGGCAACCUCCUGUAUGCCUUCUUCACCAACGUCCGUCCCCCGAAGAAGGUCCUGGAGGAUCAGCUCACUCAGAUUCUGAGAAAGUACGGGGCUCCCAAGCCAAAGUUUGACAAGAGCAAGUACAGCAAGGCAGGCAAAGAGCAGCACCCGAUGAAAGUUGUGAGCACCAAGCGGCCUGUCACGAAACCGCCGGCCAAGGAGAAGGCCGUGCUCAACAGUGUCAGCAGGACAGCCUUGAGUGAGAAGAAGCCAACAGUGAAACCCAAGUCCCCCGAGAAGAGCAAACCUGAUGAAAAGGAUCCAGACAAGUCACCCACAAAGAAGCAGGAGGUUCCGGAAGAGAAAUAUCUGACGCUGGAUGGAUUUCACAGAUUUGUCAUUGAUCGGGCAAAACAGGACAUCCGAAGUGUGUGGCGAGCCAUUCUGUCAUGCGGUUAUGACCUUCAUUUUGAAAGGUGCGCCUGCAUCGACGCCAGGCAUGCUCAGAAGGCUUCCCGCAAGUGGUCGCUGGAGAUGGAUGUUGCCCUCGUUCAGUACGUCAACCGCCUCUGCCGCCACCUGGCCAUUACCCCGGCCCGGCUGCACCCACAUGAAGUGUACUUGGACCCCGCCGACACAGCUGACCCCCGCGUCUCCUGCCUGCUGAACGUCCCUCUGGAAAGCUUGCGCCUGCGCUUUGCACUCCUGCAGUCCCUCAACACCACUCUGGAGACCUUCUUCCUGCCGCUGGUGGAGCUCCGCCAGACGGAGAUGUACACCAACAGCAUUUCAGCCCUGCUCCAGGUGGCCAAAGGAUUCAUCUUUUACGACACAAAAGUGACUGUUAUGAACCGGGUGCUGAAUGCCACUGUGCAAAGGACAGCCGAUCACGCAGCCCCAGAGAUCACCCUGGAUCCACUUGAAAUAGUUGGAGGAGAGGUUCGUUCUUCAGAAAACUCCUACUUCUGCCAGGCCGCCCGGCAGCUGGCCUGCGUCCCGUCCUCACAGCUUUGUGUGAAAUUGGCCAGCGGAGGCGAUCCCACUUAUGCCUUCAACAUUCGCUUUACAGGCGAGGAGGUCCACGGCACCAGUGGCUCCUUCCGUCACUUCCUGUGGCAGGUCUGCAAGGAGCUCCAGAGUUCGUUGCUGUCCCUCCUCUUGCUCUGCCCCAGCUCGGCCGUCAAUAAGAACAAGGGCAAGUACAUUCUGACACCCAGCCCCAUCAGCUAUGGGGAGGAGCAGCUGCUGCACUUCUUUGGGCAGUUGUUGGGCAUUGCCGUUCGAGCUGACGUCCCCCUGCCCCUGGAUCUCCUGCCCUCCUUCUGGAAGACCUUAGUAGGAGAACCGCUGGAUCCGGACCUCGACCUCCAGGAAGUGGACAUCCUCACCUACCACUACGUUAAGAAAUUUGAAAAUCUUAAUGAUGAGGCGGAGCUGGAGGCCCUGUGUGCGGAGAUCGCUACCCAGCACCUGCCGAUGGAGAGCCCCGACUGCCCCAACAAGCCCAGCUGCAAGUUCACCUACCUGACCAUGACGGGAGAGGAGGUGGAGCUAUGUGCCCGAGGCAGGCACAUUCCUGUGGUAUGGGAGAACAAGGAUAUCUAUGCAACGGCAAUCCGGAACCUGAGGAUGCACGAGCUGCAGAAUCCCGAGUGCGUAGCAGCUGUGCGAGCCGGUCUGGGCUCCAUUAUCCCCCUCCAGCUCCUGACCAUGUUGACGCCCCUGGAGGUGGAACUGAGGACCUGUGGGCUGCCCUACAUCAACCUGGAGUUCCUUAAGGCACAUACCAUGUAUCAAGUAGGACUGAUGGAAACGGACCAACAUAUUGAAUUUUUCUGGGGGGCCUUAGAGAUGUUCACGCAGGAGGAACUUUGCAAGUUCAUCAAGUUUGCCUGCAACCAGGAGCGAAUUCCUUUUACCUGCCCAUGUAAGGACGGGGGCCCAGACACAGCACAUGUCCCCCCAUACCCCAUGAAAAUCGCACCUCCAGAUGGCACUGCAGGUUCUCCAGACUCGCGGUACAUCCGUGUCGAGACCUGCAUGUUCAUGAUCAAACUCCCUCAGUACUCAUCCCUAGAUAUAAUGUUGGAAAAGCUCCGGUACGCCAUCCACUACCGUGAGGACCCUCUCAGCGGCUGAGCCCUUCU